UGGUUUCAUGCAGCAGCAGUCUGGGACCGAGAUAAACACAUGGCCUAUUUAUUUCUGAACGGUCAAAAGAUUGCGUCCCAGUCAGUAUCUAGUGAUGCUGCCCCGAAGGAUUACAACCCAUUUAAAGAGUUUGAUAUUGGAAGGAAAAGGAACAGCGGUCCUACACUAAAAGGAUAUUUGAGGGAUUUGAUGAUUAUUGGUAGCGCUCUUACUGGUGAACAGAUAAUAAGCAAAAUUAUAGAGCCAUCUUUCAGUGAAGCUUGGAUCGGGUUUAAUGACCUCGACACGGAGGGAACUUUUGAUUGGCCGAACGGCACUCACGUUACAUUUACGAAAUGGGCCCCUGAGCAACCAGACACAAGAAAUAUUUUAAUGAAUGAAGAUCAUGACUGCGUGGGGAUGAAAUUUGGAGAGGGGACUUGGGACGACAUCAGCUGUGCGAGGCAUCUACCUUUUGUCUGUGAAAAGAAAGCCUACGGAUGA